CAAGAAAUAUAGCAGACAACAUGGCUGCGUCUGGGGCAAAAUUUCUUUCAAGAUUAAAACCAAGACUUCCAGAGAAAUGGAAGGGCGGAAAGAUGGAGAAAAUAGCAAAUUAUUUCAACACCCUCUUGAGGGACUAUCACAUGGUGUAUAAAGAAACACUUCGUGAUAUGAAAGACCGCCCUUUGAAGGCAUCUGUGUAUCUGUCGCUCUUGGCAACAGUUGGGGUCCUCAUAAAAACCAACCCGUCGCCAUCAAAGCUGGACUAUGAAGCCCGUUUAGUGGAGAACCAUAAUGAUGUUGGUGUUGUUGGAGUUCCAGUGAGGAAUCCAGAAUCUGUCAAAUUUCUUCACAAAGUUUUUGCAGCACAUAAAGACUGUAAACUAAAGAUUUAUAACUUGUACCUUCUCACACUAGCAAGGAUAGACACAGGAUCAACAGAAGUGGAUCAGUUUGCUUCCAAGUGUAAGCAAAUCAAACCCCACUGGACAGAAUUCCAUAAAAGUAUUGUGGAUGUGUGCAUAUUUGGACGCUGGAUACAUUUGGAGAGGGCCAUGGUAGACUAUGAUGUUAACCCUUCUGAAUGGGAAAAUAAAUAGAAUUGAAAGAUGUAUCAGAUUUUUUAUAGUUAUUGUAUCAUCUUUAACUAAUAACCAAACUAAGCAUAUAGUAUUAGGCCAAUAAAAUGUGUUUGUUGUCUUUCGACUAUCCUUAUGUUUUUGUUUAUCCUAUUCAUUUUAUAGCAAUUUUUCAUAAGGAUAUACGUAUCUAGAAUUAUGAGAGUUGCCUCCCCUCCUGCAUAUCCCAUGGAAUCCAUUAGUCUCAUGGUUGACUAACCAAUAACCCAGGUUGUAUUCUUUAGUCAAACUUAAAUAUCAUAAAUACCCUGUUGACCUUGAAGUAAUUUGGUUCCCUGACAAUUUAUUACCGGUCUCCUUUAAAUGAUGGACAACAUACUGUAUUGUAGUAAGUUGGUAGCUGGUUCUGAUCAAAUUUCAUCCAGGCCUUUAUCUGGAAUACGUUGCACAAUAUCAUAAUAAACUAAUAAGUGUAGGGUCCUCCCUCACAUGUGUGGGAUGUACCAUAAAUGAAUUUAGUCAAUGUGAUCUUUACCUCAAGGUCCAGUAAGUUCUUAGUUAGCCCCCUACUUUCUACCAGAAGGGACCAAAAGUCUGUGUAUCUGAUGCACUAGCUUUGUCAUCUACAAUUGUACAAUCACUAAAUUUUGUAUAGAAGCACCUCUUCAGAUGGCAGUGUCAUGUACCAUGUUGUGCCCCGUUAUAUAUAUACAGAGUUAUGGUCCUUUGUUCAUUGUACAUCCCUUAAUCUGGGGCGUGUCUCACAUAUGUCCUUUUACCAAAACUGAUAAUUUUGUAUGUGCAUGAGUGACGUUUAGGGGGCAAAGUCUGCCAAGGCAAACUGAAGUGGGGUCUGGUGCCCCUGUAUGAGUUAUGGCCCAUUGAUCAAUUUUGAUUCUAAAGUUAGUCCAGAGGUGGUGGGCUAUGGAUUGCUCACAAUAAUUAUUGGUCUUGUUUUCAGUAAGUGUCUGAGCCAUAUUAAACUCUUUUUAUUACACUAAUUCACCUGAAGUAACUUAAUUUGGUGUACAAGAACAUCUUGAGAUGGCGGAUUGCAGAGUGCAAGAAUUAAGUCAUUGAUACUACUUCACCUGGAUUUGGUUUACAAGGACGUCUUGAGAUGGCGGAGUGUAGAGUGCAAAAAUUAAGUCACUGUGACCUAUGACUUGACCUUUGACCUUAACUUUGAACAUGUUUGUCCAGGGCAUAUCCUCUGGACUACUUUACCUGGAGUAGCCAGCUUUGGUGUACAAGGACGUCUUGGCCAUAUACUACAAGUAUCCACUGUGGUAAUCAUACAAAUUGUAUUGGAUUUUCAACUUAAAAGGGAUGUUAUGUCUCCAACCUCUUUGAGUGGCCUAUAUAUCUUGAUAAAACGUGUCAUUUAUGAAAUGAUGAAGGUAUGAACUAUUGAACAUGUAUUUUUCAUAAAAGACCAGAAAACAAAUAGCUGUAGUACGAAACACUUUAUUUGAGAUAUCUUGUUGGACAUGUAAAUGAAUGCUUUAUAAAGCUAAUGGAAUGUUCCAAAAGUACAGAUAAAUAAAGUCACAACCAGAAGGUCCGGUAAUCACAUUGUAACAAACGAUGAUCAAGGUGACAAAAGCACAGUAAUUAAACAUACACAACUCAUCCACGAAAACAACACACGCCUAGAACUCAUUCACUGAAACAUUAUACCUCUAUCCCACAACUACGUCAAUAUUGGUACAACAUCUUUUCUCUAAAGUUAUUGCAAACAUAUGGUUAAAGUUGGGGAAAAGUUAUUAAAUCAACAUUCUGCCAGUGCCAUUUAAGCGAAGCCUUUUGACAGCUUUAACAAUUCAUUUUUGAGUUAUGUUACUUUAUAUUCUUACCAGAAGGCAUCAACUCUUUUGAUACAAGUCCAGACUCAAGUUUUUAUUUUCAAAAAUACUAUUAAAUAGGGUCAUAUUAGGAACCUAAGUAUUUUUGACUUAUGUGGAAGUGAAUUCUACAGUUAUUUUUAAUAUUUUCUCAAAAUAGAAUACCUAUGAUAUUUUCUUAUUUGAUAGAGUAAACAAUCCUAAAUAUCUAGUCUGAUAAUAUCAUAAACAUGUCUUAACUCUUUCCUCAUUGAUAUACUACCCUAUUUCCAAGUUGUCAUAUAUCAAAAUGUACAUCUUGGUUAAUAAUUCCCAGUGGAAAUUUCAAAUUUAUACAUAGUAAAUUUAAUGCUGUCUAUUUCAAGGAAUGUGGUGUGUGUAUUGAACGAUUACAUUUACAUGCAUUUAAUUACAAAAUAAUGAAACAAGGUCUAAAAAUAAACAGUUUUUUCUCCUUUGUCACCUCAAUACAAAACAUGAAUGAUGAUGUGAUGAUGAUGUCUUAAAGUGGAACUCUCUAAUGUGCAGAGAUACAAAACAUCUACUUAAAAGUUCUGUGCUAAAAUUCAAAAGAGUGUUCUGUAUGAUAUUCAAGAUAUCAUGUGCCAGCAAGUAGUUUGUGUUUGCUCUUGAACAUUAGAGAGCUCCAAAAAUGGAAACGUUUUGAUGAGUCACAACCAUAGUGUUUAUUAUAUAUAUAUAUAUCAAUGCUUAAAGCUGUGUGGAUAAAGUACACAAUGAAUAACGGACAUACAUGAGAUAACACUUAACACCAGUUAACUCACACAAACAUGACAUGGAUCAGCUUAUUAUUGUAGAACGAUUUAAAUUUUUACCAACAAUAUUAAAUAUCAUUUUAUUAUGCUUAAUAUUUCCUAUAUUUGUACACCUAUUUUUUUAAGCAUUUUCUUAUUUCAAAAUUUCAUUUAAAAAAUAAAUAAAUAUUUGACCUGCAUGUUACCUAGCCUGCCAAUUUAUCUUCAGCACUACUGCAAAUAAAAUCCUUGCAAAAACUACAAAAUGGAUUUUGUUUUUAAGAUUUAAGUUUCCAACCAGUUGUACUACUUAUCCUCAAUCUCUCCCCUACUCCCCAAGCAUCAAAAUUUAUUUGAAGUCCCCCCCCCCCCAAAACUGUUUCAGUAUUCCUGCUUUUUCACACUUUAGCUCUUGGAUUACCACUAACGGUUGGAUUGAUGAUACCCCACAGUAUAUAUAAUCUUGGCAAGGAUGGAUAUUUGUAUUCUAGAACUCUGAAUAAACAAAUGUAGUGCAGAGGGAGGUCACAGGGGAUUUACAUACGAUGAAUGGCCAGGCUCACCAACACACAGCUUGAACUACAGUACAAAUGUACAGCUACGUACAAAUCCCUAUUUGACCCAUCCUUACUGUUGUUCACUUCAAAUUUUCCCCUCUAUAUCAUAUUUCCAAAAAUAUUAAUAAUAUUAAUACUAGUGAAAAGACGAGUAUUAUUUUCGAAUUUGAGACCAAAAAUUGCAAGAAAAAUAUGUUCAUUGAAUUUCAAUUUUCUUGCAUCUUUGUUAAAUGUAAAACCAGCCAAAAAUGUAAAGAUGAUUUGUUUAAAUUAGCAAAAUUCCAAAUAAAAAUGACUCGCUCUUCAAGCAUUUUAAACAUCAAGGAUAGGCCAAUAUUUGGAAUUAAACAUUCUCCUGGCAAAAUUGCCAAAAUAAAAAUAUUUCAAUUUUCACGAACAACAACUGUAUAGUAUUGUUAUGAUAAAUGUUGAAACACAAAUUUGUAGAUGAAACCCAUCGCAAACCUGGCAUAUAUUUUAAUUUAGACCAACUUGUUUGAUUUUAGUACCCAAGGUCCAGAAUAUAACUCGUCAAAACCCGUUAUUUAGAAAUUUGUGUAAGCCUCGCCAUCAGCUGCAUGUUAAGAGAGCCUGUGUACUGUGAACUUGUUUAUUAAGUUAACUACGGUAUAUCCGAGUUAACAGUUAACGAUAUUUUAAUCUGUGCCACUCAUAUUCUUAAUGGUCACUACUGCAGACCAUUUCAUUUGAAUUUCUUAACAAUCAAUACAAAA